CUGGUUGGCUCACAUCGUCUAUUCGAUGAUGGGCUAGCUGGCUUGCUUCAUGACAAUAGAACCGAGUGGCCCAGUCAUCCGUUUACACAACUUUCCGUAGACGCCCAUUCCGAUCAGGCCUCUGGGCUCAAUCCGUACGACAGUAACAAAUCUCAGAUUGACGGUAUUAACACUCUCCAGCGCUUCAACCUAUUUCCUGAACUCGUAUUGGCAGGCCUGUAUCGGCUUUUCCUCCGCAUGGGCUUUAUUUCAGCCGCCCCUUGCUUUGUGGUUUCGCGAGCAUUACUAUUCGAGGACACCGAUGAUCUUGCGGAUGCCAUCGAUCCUCAAUCUAAAAUAAUGGUUGAUAUUCUGACUGAGCGUUAUGAGUAA